UCCUCCACACACACAUGUGAUGUGUUCCUGUUUUUCCCCUAGCAGGUCCUUCUUUUUUCUUGUGCAUUUACAAGAUGUGUGCUUGUGGAGUGUCUGGGAUAUUUUUGACUUUUACUUUUCUUUUGCAUUUUCUGUGUGUUCACUCAAUGAAUCCCGUGUUUCUAAACGCAUCCAAAGGGAUGAAAGUGUCCAGGUCUGCGCCUGCUGAUGGACACAGAAGAGCCAAGCACGGCAAAAGUUUAUUGUCAGCAUCACUGUUAUCUGGAGCCAUACAGUCACAACGGGGGAUGAAGGAUGCAAUUGAACCUCAUGAUUACAUGAUCUCCAUCUACAAGACCUUUUCCGCGGCUGAAAAACUGGGACUGAACGCGAGUUUUUUCCGCUCGUCAAAAGCCGCAAACACUAUAACGAGUUUUGUGGACGAGGGCCAAGAUGACCUUUUGAACUCCCCACUGUGGAGACAGAAAUACUUAUUCGAUGUGUCAACCCUUUCUGAAAACGUGGAGCUCUUGGGUGCUGAACUGAGGAUAUACACUAAGAUCUCCGGGAUGUUCCGAGCAUCAGAGACGGGCCCAGUGGAGAUACAACUGCUCUCCUGUCAGUCCCACACUGUGCUUGACUCCAAAACCUUGGAUCUGGAGGAUGCGCAUAAACCAAAAUGGGAGGUUUUCGACGUAUGGGAGACUUUUAAGGAGCGUCAGCACCACUCUCACGGGACCCGCUUCUGUUUGGAGCUCAAGGCGACGCUAGAUAAUCCUGAGAGGGAAAUCGACUUGCAAUAUCUUGGAUUUCACAGACAUGGCCGCCCGCAACUAAAGAAAGCCAUACUGGUCGUUUUCACAAGGUCAAAAAAGAGACAAAGCAUUUUUUAUGAAAAGAGGGAGAAGAUUAAACUGUGGGGUCUGAACAGUCCUGGGAAGGAAAAAGGACCUCACUUGAAAUCCCGACGGAGUAGACGGACAACUCUACCCAGCCGCCAUGGCAAGAGGCACGGCAAAAAGUCCAAAUCUAGGUGUGGCAAAAAGCAUUUGCAGGUGAAUUUCAGGGAGUUGGGUUGGGACGACUGGAUCAUUGCUCCAUUAGACUAUGAGGCGUAUCACUGUGAGGGCAUGUGUGACUUCCCCCUCCGCUCUCACCUGGAGCCAACCAAUCACGCCAUCAUACAAACUCUAAUGAACUCCAUGAACCCCAGCAACAUGCCGCCCAGCUGUUGCGUCCCCUCCAAACUCAGUCCCAUCAGCAUCCUGUACAUCGACGCUGGGAAUAACGUCGUAUACAAACAGUACGAAGAUAUGGUGGUGGAGUCUUGCGGCUGCAGGUGAUGGUGCGGUUCAAACUUAUGAUUGUAAAUAAAUCAGUUGUGUGAAUAAGUGUCGGACUUGCUCAUGUGUCUUCAACACUACGGUAAGCCUUAGCUGAGAUUACAGUACU